UCAUUCAUUCUGUGCCUAACCACCUGCUUCCACUGCAGACACACGCUCACAGCGAGGACGCGUCUCUCACCCACAGCAGCUGGAAGGAUGUCUGGCAUCACUGGGAAUUUGGAUUCCGAGGAUUAUUUAUCUUCCGCACAUCUGGCCAACAGCACGGACAUUCAUCUGGAAUCCGCCGUGGAUGAGGACGAUGAACUUCUGAGAUACAUCUGGAGAGAGUACUUGCACCCCAAGCAGUACGAAUGGGUUCUCAUUGUGGCUUACAUUAUUGUGUUCUUCGUUUCACUCAUUGGAAACUCGCUUGUUUGUUUCGCAGUGUGGAAAAACCGUCACAUGCGCACCGUGACCAACUAUUUCAUAGUGAAUCUGUCUUUUGCCGACGUCUUGGUCACCAUCAUCUGCCUGCCUGCGAGUCUUGUGGUGGACAUCACAGAGACAUGGUUCUUUGGAAACACUCUUUGCAAAGUUGUGCCUUAUCUGCAGACAAUCUCAGUUUCGGUGUCAGUCCUGACACUGAGUUGCAUAGCCCAAGAUCGUUGGUAUGCUAUCUGCCACCCACUGAUGUUCAAGAGCACGGCCAAGAGGGCUCGCAGGAGUAUUGUUAUCAUCUGGAUUGUCUCAUGCAUCAUCAUGAUUCCGCAGGCUAUUGUGAUGGAGUGCAGCAGUUUGUUGCCUGAACUUACAAACAAGACCAGCCUGUUCACAGUGUGUGAUGAACACUGGGGAGCUGAGAUCUAUCCAAAGGUGUAUCACACCUGUUUCUUCAUCGUCACCUACUUUGCACCACUAUGUCUCAUGGUCCUGGCUUACAUCCAGAUAUGUCACAAGCUGUGGUGUCACCAGAUUCCUGGAAGCACAUCAGUGAUGCAGAGGAAGUGGAGAUCCAUCCAGUGCUCAGCUCCAGUCUCAGGCCCAGGGGAGCCGGUCAGGGUGAGGACCAGCACAGUUUGUGCCGAGAUCAAACAGGUUCGAGCGAGGCGCAAAACAGCUCGGAUGCUGAUGGUGGUGCUGUUUGUUUUCGCCCUGUGCUACCUGCCCAUCAGUGUGUUGAACGUCAUGAAAAGAGUCGUUGGGACUUUCAAGAACACCGACAGAGAAACAGUGUACGCAUGGUUCAUUUUCUCACAUUGGCUCAUAUAUGCCAACAGUGCGGCAAAUCCCAUCAUCUACAAUUUUCUCAGCGGGAAAUUUCGUGGGGAGUUCAAAGCAGCGUUUUCCUGCUGCUGUCACAGCCGAGGCCAAAAUGAAACAAAGAGGAUAAGGACGAGAACGAGCACAGAUAGCCGAAAGUCUCUGUCCACACAAGUGAACAACAUGGACAGUGUGUCAGGCAUUUCAGAUCAAAUAGUAUAGUCUUAUAAUUCACACGGGGGGAUUUUUCUACAUCGAGGUUCAAAUUCA